ACGUCCCUGCCAACAUGGCGGUCAGCAUCCGCGGCCGUCCGACCCGGAGUGUACGGAUGAGAGGUCGGAAUGACAGCGGGGAGGAGAAUGUACCGCUGGAUCUUACGCGGGAACCCUCAGACAACAUGCGUGAGAUCCUACAAAACAUUGCCAAAUCUCACGGGGUUUCCAACAUGAGGAAGCUCGGCCAUCUCAACAACUUUGUUAAGCUCCUGAACAGUGUAAGUCAUUGUGAAGAAAAGUUAGGAUUUACACAUGAGGAAAUCAUCAUUUGUCUGCGUGUGGCGUUGCUGAACGAGGUGAAGGAGGUUCGGGCUGCGGGUUUGAGAGCACUGAGGUAUCUGAUCCGUGACAGCAGCAUCCUCCAGAAAGUUCUUCAGCUGCAGGUGGAUUACCUAAUCUCUAGGUGUAUUGACAUUCAGCAGAGCAAUGAGGUGGAGCGAACUCAAGCCCUCCGAUUGGUCAGAAAGAUGAUAACGGUGAACGCGCAGCUCUUUCCCAGCUCCGUGACCAACUCUCUGAUAGCGGUGGGCAGUGAUGGGCUGCAGGAGAGAGAUCGCAUGGUUCGGGCCUGUAUCGCCAUCAUCUGUGAACUUGCACUGAAGAACCCAGAGGUGGUGGCGCAGCGAGGAGGUCUGAGCACCAUCCUGAAGAACGUGAUCGACUGUCAGCUGAGCCGCAUCAACGAGGCCCUGAUCACCACCAUCCUGCACCUGCUCAAUCACCCUCAUACGCGCCAGUUCAUACGCGCUGAUGUUGAGCUGGAGCAAAUCCUUGCACCUUACACUGACUUUCACUAUAGACACAAUCCUGAAACCGCCGAGGCACAAAUCAAGGAGGACAGAGAAGCUCGUUUUUUAGCCAGUAAAAUGGCCAUCGUGGCAGCGUUUCGCUCAUGGUCAGGUAUUAUAAACCUGUGUAAAUCCGGGAACUCAGGGGUCCAGUCUUUGAUAGGCCUGCUCUGUAUACCAAACAUGGAUGUCAGAAAAGCCUUAUUAGAAGUUCUGUAUGAGAUCUUCAGAUUGCCUGUCCCAUUAGUGACUGGAGAUUUUGAGGAAGCCUUGCACAGCGUGGAUCCCAGCAGGUUUCAGGACAGCUGGAGACUCUCUGACGGGUUUGUUGCCGCAGAAGCCAAAGUCAUAUUGCCUCACAGAGCGCGAUCCAGACCAGACCUCAUGGACAAUUAUCUGGCUCUGCUGCUGUCUGCUUUUAUCAACAGUGGACUUCUAGAGGGUCUGGUGGAGGUCGUGACCAGCAGUGAUGGACAGAUAUCUGUGAGAGCCACCAUACUGCUUGGAGAACUCUUGCACAUGGCCAAUACGAUUCUUCCUCACUCUCACAGUCAUCAUCUGCACUGUUUGCCAACACUGAUCAACAUGGCUGCUUCCUUUGACAUCUCUCAGGAGAAACGGCUGCGUGCCAGUGCAGCCGUGAACCACCUGAAGCGUUUCCAUGAAAAGAAGCGCCGGGGCCCCAAACCUUACAGUCUUUACCUGCAUCACAUCCUGCACAGGACGUCCAGCUCCUCUCACAGGAGGGACCAGCAGCAUCAUCGGCCACACAAGGACAUCUAUAUUAUGAAGGACACUGAAGAGGCGCUGAUGAUGAACCUGAGGGACAGUCAGAUCCUCAAUCACAAGCAAAACCUGGACUGGAACUGGAUUUUGAUCAUCACUAUACUGAAGUGGCCAAACGUGAACCUCAAAAACAUCAAGGACGAGCAGAUGCACAAGUUUGUGAGGAGGUUGCUAUAUUUCUAUAAGCCCAGCAGUAAGCUGUACUCUGCUCUGGAGUUGGAUCACGCCAAAGCCAGACAGCUCACAGUCGCAGGCUGCCAGUUCAACCAGUUCCUCCUGGAUUCAGAAGAGGACGGUCAGUCGUAUUUGGAGGAGCUGGUGAAGGAUAUUGUCCAGUGGCUCACUUCGUCUUCUGGGCUCAAACCAGAGCGCAGUCUCCAUAGCAAUGGCCUCCUCACCACCCUCAAUCAGCACUACUUCCUGUUUCUGGGCACUCUUUCUGCACAGCCACACGGAGUCAAGAUGCUGGAGAAGUGUGGUGUAUUUCAGUGUCUGUUGAACUUGUGCUCGAUGAAGAACCAGGAUCAUCUGCUGAAGCUCACGGUCUCCACUCUGGACUACAGCAGAGACGGACUCGCUCGAGUCAUUCUGUCUAAGAUCCUCACGGCGGCCACUGAUAACUGCCGCUUGUACGCCACCAAACACCUGCGUGUGCUUCUGCGUGCCAAUGUUGAGUUCUUCAGUAACUGGGGGAUGGAGCUGCUGGUCACGCAGUUGCACGACCACAACAAAACCAUCUCAAUGGAGGCGCUCGACAUUCUGGACGAGGCCUGCGAAGACAAGGCCAAUCUGCACGCUCUGAUCCACAUGAAACCAGCUCUGUCUCAUCUGGGGGAUAAAGGCCUCCUGCUGCUGUUGAGAUUUCUUUCCAUCCCGAAAGGCUUCUCCUACCUCAACGAAAGAGGCUACGUCAGCAAACAGCUGGAGAAAUGGCUCAAGGAGUAUAAUCUGAAAUAUGUGGACAUGAUUGAAGAGCAGCUGAAUGAAGCUCUUACAACAUAUCGCAAACCUGUCGACGGAGACAACUACGUCAGGCGCAGCAACCAAAGGUUACAGAGGCCAAAUGUGUUUCUCCCGGUGCAUUUAUACGGGCAGCUGGUCCAUGAUAAAACCGGCUGUCUGCUUCUGGAAGCUCAGGGGGUUAUCCCAGACCUGAGCUACACAGUGCGAUCUCCAGUGCUGGAUAAAUGGGAAGGUGUUAAACAGCUGAAAGCAGCGCUCUGGGCUCUGGGCAACAUUGGCAGCUCAAACUGGGGUCUAAACCUCCUCCUGGAGGAAAACGUGAUUCCUGAUAUUAUUGCUCUGGCUCAGCACUGUGAGGUUUUAUCUAUACGUGGUACGUGUGUGUAUGUGUUAGGUGUGAUCAGCCGGACGCGGCAGGGCAGUGAUGUGCUGAAGGCUUCAGGAUGGGACUCCGUUCGUCAUAGUCGCAGGCAGCAGUGGCCCGUGGUCCCCGAUGAGGUGGAGGUUCCUCUGCCCAGUGAACUGUCCUCCGUCCCCAGCACUCUCAGCCUCAACUCUGAGUCCACCAGCUCACGACACAACAGCGAGAGCGAGAGCCAGCCCAGUUUAUACUUUAUGGAUGAUGAUCGUGAGGGUUUGGACAUCUACGAGGACUCCUCCCUCAGCAUGCACGCCAAAACCUCCAAAGAGCGCAGCCCGUUCACCAUCCUGACCCCUUCGCACCUCCGAAACCGCUUUCUCAACUCACUAUCCCUCCCUAGUAAGAAAGGCCGGAGCCCGACGGACACAAAAGGCACCAGUUUCACUGCAAAAACCCCAGAUGAGCUCCGGCUCAUGCACUGCAACCGGAGCAUCGCUGAAGUCGCAAACUCUUCUCCAGGACACUCUGAAGUCUUUUACAACGGUAGCCGAAUGCCCCGCAGCCCCACAGUCAGCCUAGAGACGUCAUUCGUUGGUAUUAAAGCACUAGCAGAGCCGUACGCGACAGAUUCUGAAUCCAGGAAUCAAUUUAAAAGAGAACGAAACAGCAGGGAGCGUUUAACCUGCGACGGUGCAUCUGUCCUACCCGGCGGCGGGACUUUUAAAAGCCGCAGUCAGAGUUUUAACACGGACACCACCACUAGCGGGAUCAGCUCCAUGAGCUCCUCGCCAUCCCGAGAGCCUGCGAUGGAUACAGACUGCGCUAGUCUGAACACUGUGGUUAGCGCUAGGACGGUCAAAAUGCAGCAUUCGCUCAGUCCUAAUAAUCAUAUUCUUCUCUCUAAGUCGAAUUCCACAUCGCUGGUUCCUCCUGGAUCGGCGCACACGCUGCCGCGGCGAGCGCAGUCACUGAAAUCGCCCUCAGUGGCUACUAUUAAGAGCCUGGUGGACUGUAGUUACAUGUACACGAGUCCACGGGACGCGCUGGGAUACGCUACGCUGAAGCGGCUGCAGCAGCAGAGGAUUCACCCAUCCCUGUCCCACAGCGAAGCGCUGGCUUCUCCUGCUAAAGACGUGCUGUUUACUGACACCAUCACCAUGAAGACACGCAGCCUUGACUCACGGCUCACUCCACGCAGGUGUUCUCCUAAAAGGUAUUUUGGGCCGUUCAGCUCCAGUCGCAGACUGUCCAGAACAUUUGUGCCAUGGUUUUUGAAAGCUCUGAGUUUUGCGUCUCUGGAUAAAGAGGACUUGUUGAGUCCCAUCAAUCACUCCACUCUGCAGCGCUCCUCUUCCCUGCGCUCCAUGGUCUCUAGCGCCACCUUCGGCUGCAGUGAGGACUACAUCGGUCUGGCACUGCCCUUGGACAUCAACAAUAUGUUUCAGAUUAAAGAAACGUCAUAUUUCCAGAAGAGAACGAGUCCUCCAGCUGGAGAUAAAUCAUCAAAAUUUAAUUUUGGGGAAUCAGAUGGUUUUCUGGAAUCGUGUCGUGGCCCUCCACUGAAGCAGCAGGUGAGCAUCACAGAGCUGCUAAACAGCAGCCGGUCAGAGCAGCACCACCUGCUGGGGGCAGAGGAGACCACAGGCUUACAGGAACACACAGAGCAGAACUGCCUUUACUGCAGCGCGAUCAACGCCCUCGGCUCUCACACACACAGCCACCUGAACAACACGCACAAUCACAAUGAUCUGUCUGAUGGUUUCUCUCAGUGGCACAGUCAGCCAUCCCAUAAUCACCUGGAGGUGGUCACUCAGUCCAAGUUCUCCGGGGUGUCGGGCUGCAGUGACGCGGCCGUCAGUCAGGGCUCCGCCUGCAGCACUCCCAGCACUGAAAUCAUCCUGGGAGGAAAGGCCAUAUCUGAGGACGGGCCGGCCUGUCGAGUUCUGCUGAGAAAAGAGGUUUUGCGGCUCGUCAUCAACCUCAGCUCUUCAGUUGGUACCAAAGGACAUGAAACCGGCCUGCUGACGAUAAAGGAGAAGUUUCCGUACGCGUUUGAUGACAUCUGCCUGUACUCCGAGGUUUCCUUCCUGCUGGCUUCCUGCACCUUUCGUCUGGCCUCACGCCGCUUCAUCCAAGAGCUCUUCCAGGAUGUGCAGUUCAUUCCGCUAUAUGAUGAAGCCGAAGCGGUGUUGACUAAACCAUCAGUGGAGGACGCAGAGUCUUGAUGCCUCCCUCAGCUUCCUGAACACUUCACUGCCUCCAUCAUCAUCAUCAUCAUCAUCAUCAUCAUCCUCAUCUUCUCCCGUUCAACACAGAGACACAUGAAUAAGUGGAGAUAGAGGACAGAUGGAGGAGAGGAAGUAAACGCUUGCAGGAAAACUUCAGAUGGAGCAGUUUACCAAAUAAGGUCAUCAGACUGUGAAACAGGUGAACUUCAGACGGUCUGAUCUGAGCGUGCACAACAAACAAACUAUUUCACGAGAGAGGAAAAAUGAAAUGCUGUUUACACUUUAAGAUUUCCAGAUGCACAGAUUAGCUGAACACUUCUCUGCACUGGUGUGUGUGUGUGUGUGUGUGUGUGUGUGUGCGUGUGUGUGUGUGUGCGUGCGUGCGUGCGUGCGUGCGUGCGUGCGUGCGUGCGUGCGUGCGUGCGUGCGUGCGUGCGUGCGUGCGUGCGUGCGUGCGUGUACAAAAUUCCCAAUAUUUUACAAACAUUAACACUACAAACAGAUGUGCCACUGCAAAUGAUUUCACUAUGAAAUGUAGGACUUCCUGAAGUUUGAACGGGCAAAACAAUCGUGGAUGGCAUUUGUGCUAUUUAUUUGUUUUUGUAUGCGUGGUUGAAUUAAUUUUUUUGUGACCUCCAGACAAUCAGAUUUCUGUGUUUGGGGGGACAUGCAAACAUUAGCAUCUAUUGCUGGAAAUGUAUUAAAACACACAAUCGAGCACUGAUACACAUAUCACUGAGCUUCUUUGAUUGGUAAUAGUGUGGAUUUUUUUACAAAUGCUAGGGUGAAUCUGAUGAAUUAGCAUAAUAUCAAGUAUAGGUCACUUUAUUAUUACAAUGAAGCCAAAUUCUCUUUGAUUAUCAUCAUGUUUUUAUCAUCAGAUUUUGAAAUUAAAGGGAUAGUUCACCCAAAAAUGAAGAUUUACGCACUAUUUACUCUCCCUCAAAUAUUUAUGGGUUUCUUUCCUCUGUUACUAAAGACGAUAUGUUGAAUAAAACCGAUAACCACUGACUUUUAUAAGAGGAAGAACAAAUACAGGUUACAGGUUUCCAACAUUCUUCAAAGUAUCUUUUUUGUCUUCAACAGAAUAAAGAAACUCAAGCAGAACAAGUAAAUGAUGAGAGAAUGUUCAGUUUUGUGUGAACUGUCUCUUUAAAUGGGACCUGGAUGCACGAAACUUAGGACAAACAGUGGUUGGUAUAUCUCUGUGUAAAAAGUUUACAGAUGUAGAAAUUAGAUGUAUAAACUAUACUCAUUCGUCCAUGUGAUCUGAUCUGAUGACGGGACAUUGAUGAUGAGUUUUGCAGGAAAUUAAAGCGGAUAAACAUAAUCAUGCAUGGGUUAGUUUUAUUGACACGUUUACUAAAAGGGAUCAUCAAGAACCUUUGAUGGAAUAUUCUCAGUUUAAUAUUGUGCUGCUCACCAAAUCUUUGGCUUGAUGUUGAUUACAACAGAAAAAGAUUUAAUUUUUCAAUACAAUUUUUCAAUACAAGUAAAUAUUUCAUUUUUAGGACAAUUAUAGUAAUUUCAAGCUAAUUUCCAAUACACUGUAAAAAGCAAUUAGU